UCUACAUCGCGCAGUCGCCGUUGUCGUCGUUGCACACAAUCUAGCCCCCAUCACUACUAUCACCCUCGCCAUGCGCUUCGCGACCCCCAGGCCGCGACAAUGGCGGUGGGCGGUCAUCGGCGUCGUCGUCUUGUCGCUCGUCCUCGUCGCCCUACAGAACCAGGACCUUGUCACGACAUCACGCGGCAGCUACGACGACAGCGACGCGAGCUACUCCGUCCACCAUGACAUCGAGCUCUCAGACUACGACACGCAGUUCAUGGAGGACCACCGGCCCGUCCUCCCGAGCGCGCAGGGACGCGUUCUUAUCACUGGCGGUGGGGGCAUGAUUGGCAAGCAGGUCAUCCGCCGUCUCCUCUCCGCCGGCACCCCAGUCACAGUCUACGACCUCAUCUUCCACCCGGACGAGUUCAAGGCUAUCCGACGCGACUUCCCCAAGGUGGACCUGCGGCACGUCAAGGGCGAUAUCCGCGACCGCACCAAGCUGCGCACGGCCAUGACCAAGGACGUGGUCGGCGUGAUCCACUUGGCAGCCGUCAGCCGUGUGCUCUGGUGUCUCGAGAACGAGCGCGACUGCACCGACGUCAAUGUGCGGGGAACGCAGAUCGUGCUCGAGGAGUUUACCGGUAGCUGGUUUAUCCAGGCGAGCUCGCGCGAGGUGUAUGGCAAGGCGGACAACUACCCCGUGCCAGAGGACACGCCGCACCAGGCCGCCAACGUGUACGGCCAGUCCAAGGCCGACGCCGAGGUCACCAUCACGCGCUUCCUCGCCGGCAUUGCGGAGCGCUCGCCGACCCUCUCGCCCCAGAAGCCGCUCGACGUGAUCAUGCUCCGCCUGUCCAACGUCUACGGCAGCAACUUUGACCACCGUGAACGGCUCAUCCCGGCCAUCAUGACGCAGGCGCUCGCGCACCGUACCAUCCAGAUUGUGGGCGGCGACCAGGACCUCGACAUGGUCAACAUCCAGGACGUCGUCAACGCGUUCGGCCUCGCAGUCAACCGCCUCGAGGAGCGUCGCAAGGCCAAGGACCACACAGCGUCUCAGGCCGAAGUGUUCAACAUCGGCACCAACAACUCGACGUCGGCGAUCAAGCUCAUCCGCAAGAUCCUGCACCUGACAAACUCGAGCUCCCCUAUCCAGACGCUGCCCGGCGACAACCGCUUCCCGGACAAGUACGUGGGUAGCACUCUGCGCGCGCGAGAAGUGCUGGGCUACGAAGCCCAGGUGAGCAUUGACCAGGGCCUGCACCGGCUCGCGAUCGCCUACCUCACCGACACGACCGACUACCUGUACCACAAGAUUGGGCGCGACUGCAAGCGCCCGCGGAGCUUCACGCUCAAGGACCUGAUCAGCCUCAACGGGUGCACGGGCACCGUCGCGGGCGACUUUGGCGGCGAGCCGCGGUACGCCUUCCUCCGCGAGGCGAACCGCUUCGACCCCAACCAGCACGACAAGCUCGCCGACCCGCCCGCGUACGAGUGGGUCGACUCGGACAUGCCCACAGCGUGGGAGUUUGAGAUCAAGAAGUUUGGCAAGAAGCAGGCGAGCGUCAUGCUCAAGGGGACCGCGAGGAACACCAACAAGGAGUGGUACUUUGAGGCGCCGGAUGGGUACACCACCACGCGCGAGUUCCUCGCCGAAGUCGACGAGGAGACGGGGCAUGUGUCGCUCACGACCGCCUCCGGCGCGCCAGUCAUCACCCACGAUAACGGGUUUGACCAGCGCCGGCGUAGCCUCGACCCCAAGUCGACCAACACCUUCCGGUUCACGCCGUUCUGCUGCCCGAACAGGGAGCCCGGAUGGCCUGGGUUCAGGCAGGACCCGCUCGCGGCGGCAAUUCUCGACGAGAGCACGUCGACCAAGCGCGCCUUCGACGCGUCCCAGCCCAAGCGCAUGUGCCAGCGCCUGAGACAGGCGCAGGCGGUGGUCCGCUCGCGCCUCGACCUGCUCAUGGCGUACCCCAAGCCGAUCGACAUUGCCGAGGCGCCCAUGCCGGCCGGCGAGCCGCACGACUGGCGCAUGCGCGGCCGCGACGUCUGCACCAACCUGUGCGACCACCCGACCGUGUGCUUGGACACGGGCGACUGCGCGUGCGGCCAGGCGUCGUGUGUGCCGCGGCUGCGCUUCCCGUUCGCGCCGUUUGCGAACACGCCGGAUCUGAGCUACCAGCCCCACCUGACAGUCGACUGGGAGAAGAUUGAGACCAAGAACCCCGGCGCACUGGUGGCGCAGGUCGAGCGCAGCUCGUGGCAGAAUGUGCUUCGGCCCGGUGCCCGCCGCUGGCUCAGCCGUAACCCCGACUGGUGGCCCAUCAACGUCACAAGACUCCCCGACGAGGCGCAGGAAGACCGCGACAACAACCCCGACCACUAUGACCGCUUGCAGACCGAGUCGCAUGGCUGCUACUCUGCCGACAGUGUCAUGGAGCGGGGUGCCAAGGAGCUGAGCCAGCCCGUCGAGCUCGACGGCAGGACGCUCGUCUUCCUCCCCCACUGGGAGUACACACUUAGGUUCCCUCCAGUCGUCGAGUGGGCACAAAACGCCCUCACACACAACAUCCCCAAGCCGUUCGACACCUCGCGCAUGAUUGUGCCGUUCACGUUCGACUGGGGACGGUGCAACACGAUCCUGCACCAUCUCUACCACAUCCGGCAGCACAGCUCGCCAAACGAGGCGCUCAUUCGCGCGUCGUCGUGGCAGCCGAUGGGCGACCUCAACAGCCCGUGCUACUUUAUGGACCAGGACGUGGUGAUCCCUGCAAGGACAUGUCUGCAGGACAAGCUGCGCGAGCGGUUCGGCAAGAUCUCGGACGUGACGCCGAGUCGUCUGCGGUCCAUCCUGACGACGUUCAAGGGCUCGCCGAAUGGCGCAGGCACGAGCGUGCGCCAGAAACUCCAGUGCGACCGGCCGUACCGGACAAUCCGGGGCAACCUCGAGGGCGGCAACGACCUCGACGUGUUCUGGGGACGCAUGAAGCUGUACCCUGAUGGCGCCGAGGCCGACUACAUGGACACGAUUGGGGACACCGUGUUUUGUCCUCUGCCGAGGGGUACGACGGGGUGGGCGACGCGUACCAUUGAUGUUAUCUACGCCGGCUGCAUCCCAGUGCUUAUCGGCGACCAGACCCAGCACCCCUUCUGGGACAUGCUCGACUGGGCCAAGUUCUCGAUCCAGGUCAACGACAUUGACAUUGACCACUUUGAGACCAUCCUGCUCUCCUACACGUGGGAGGACAUUCAGCGGAUGCAGGCCAACCUGAUGCUGGUGCGCGACGCGUUCCUGUACCCGGCCGAGGGCAAGCUGCACGAGAACCUCGACCAGAACCUGCGCGGGCCGUUCUACUACGCCAUGCACAACGCCGCGCUGCUGCAACAGACAAAGUAUCCUGUAUAGACGGGCGUGGGUAGGGGGGGGGGGGGG